AAGAGAUACGGGAUGGAAGUAGAUGGUUUAGACUAUAUGUAUGUUAAAUAUGCCAGGGUUUGGAUCCCUGAUCCAGAGGAGGUCUGGAAGUCAGCAGAACUUCUCAAGGAUUAUAAACCUGGAGAUAAAGUUCUCCAGCUUCGACUUGAAGAGGGCAAGGACUUAGAAUAUUGCCUAGAUCCAAAGACCAAGGAACUCCCUCCCUUGCGAAACCCUGACAUACUUGUUGGUGAAAAUGACCUCACAGCACUGAGUUAUCUCCAUGAACCUGCUGUUUUACACAACCUCAAAGUUCGGUUUAUAGACUCUAAACUAAUUUAUACCUAUUGUGGUAUUGUCUUAGUGGCCAUAAAUCCUUAUGAACAACUGCCUAUCUAUGGCGAAGAUAUCAUCAAUGCCUACAGUGGCCAAAAUAUGGGGGAUAUGGAUCCGCAUAUCUUCGCAGUGGCUGAAGAAGCAUAUAAACAGAUGGCCAGAGAUGAGCGGAAUCAGUCAAUCAUUGUAAGUGGAGAAUCUGGAGCAGGAAAGACGGUCUCUGCCAAGUAUGCCAUGAGAUACUUCGCCACAGUCAGUGGGUCUGCCAGUGAAGCCAAUGUUGAGGAGAAAGUCUUGGCUUCCAACCCCAUAAUGGAGUCUAUUGGAAAUGCCAAAACCACAAGGAAUGACAACAGUAGUCGCUUUGGGAAAUACAUUGAAAUUGGUUUUGAUAAGAGAUACCGAAUUAUUGGUGCUAACAUGAGAACUUACCUCUUGGAAAAAUCAAGAGUGGUAUUUCAGGCAGAAGAGGAGAGAAAUUACCACAUCUUCUACCAGCUCUGUGCCUCUGCAGCAUUACCUGAAUUUAAAACUCUACGAUUAGGUAAUGCAAAUUACUUUCACUAUACGAAGCAAGGUGGAAGCCCAGUGAUUGAUGGUAUUGAUGAUGCUAAGGAAAUGGUAAACACCAGGCAGGCCUGCACUUUGCUAGGGAUCAGUGAUUCCUACCAGAUGGGAAUUUUUCGAAUCCUUGCUGGUAUCCUUCACCUUGGAAACGUGGAAUUUGCAUCUCGGGAUGCUGACAGCUGCACUAUUCCUCCCAAACAUGAACCCCUCAGCAUCUUCUGUGACCUCAUGGGUGUGGAGUACGAAGAGAUGGCCCACUGGCUUUGCCAUCGGAAGCUCGCCACUGCCACUGAAACCUACAUCAAACCCAUUUCUAAACUUCAUGCCAUCAAUGCCAGAGAUGCACUUGCCAAACAUAUCUAUGCUAAUCUUUUUAACUGGAUUGUAGAUCAUGUGAACAAAGCCCUGCAUUCUGCUGUAAAACAGCAUUCAUUCAUUGGAGUGUUGGACAUUUAUGGAUUUGAGACAUUCGAGAUCAACAGCUUUGAGCAGUUCUGUAUCAACUAUGCCAAUGAAAAACUGCAGCAACAGUUCAAUAUGCAUGUCUUUAAGUUGGAACAGGAAGAAUAUAUGAAAGAACAAAUACCAUGGACCUUGAUUGAUUUCUAUGACAAUCAGCCUUGCAUUAACCUCAUAGAGGCCAAAAUGGGAAUUCUGGAUCUCCUAGAUGAGGAGUGUAAGAUGCCAAAAGGCUCAGAUGACACUUGGGCCCAAAAACUAUACAAUACUCACUUGAAUAAAUGUGCCCUUUUUGAAAAACCACGUUUGUCAAAUAAGGCUUUUAUCAUCCAGCACUUUGCUGACAAGGUGGAAUAUCAAUGCGAAGGCUUUUUGGAAAAGAAUAAGGACACAGUUUAUGAAGAACAAAUUAAGGUCCUAAAAUCAAGCAAGAAGUUUAAGCUGCUACCGGAGUUAUUCCAGGAGGAGGAGAAGGUCCUCAGUCCCACGUCUGCAGCCCCUUCGGGCCGGGUGCCGUUGUCUCGGACUGUUGUAAAACCAGCGAAGACCAGGCCGGGUCAAACCAGCAAGGAACAUAAGAAAACUGUGGGACAUCAGUUUCGAAACUCGCUCCAUCUGCUGAUGGAGACCCUCAAUGCUACAACUCCCCACUACGUGCGAUGUAUUAAGCCAAAUGACUUCAAGUUUCCAUUCACAUUUGAUGAAAAACGGGCGGUACAGCAGCUUCGGGCUUGCGGCGUCCUGGAAACCAUCCGAAUCAGCGCAGCUGGCUUCCCUUCAAGGUGGACAUACCAAGAGUUCUUCAGUCGUUACCGUGUUCUGAUGAAGCAGAAAGAUGUCCUUAGUGACAGAAAGCAGACAUGUAAAAAUGUCCUGGAGAAACUCAUUUUGGACAAGGAUAAGUACCAGUUUGGCAAGACAAAAAUAUUUUUCCGGGCUGGCCAGGUAGCCUAUCUAGAAAAAAUAAGGGCAGAUAAGUUGAGAGCUGCCUGUAUCCGCAUCCAAAAGACCAUCCGAGGCUGGCUGAUGCGGAAGAAGUACCUGCGUAUGAGGAAGGCUGCCAUCACCAUUCAGAGAUAUGUCAGAGGGUACCAAGCACGAUGCUAUGCCAAGUUCCUGCGGAGAACACGGGCUGCCAUCACCAUUCAGAAGUUCCAGCGCAUGUACGUGGUCCGCAAAAGAUACCAACGCAUGCGGGCGGCCACGAUUGCUCUGCAGUCUCUCUUAAGAGGUUACAUGGCCAGGAACAAAUACCAAAUGAUGCUUCGGGAGCACAAGUCUAUUAUUAUUCAGAAACAUGUCAGAGGCUGGCUGGCUCGAGUGCAUUACCAGAGGACCUUGAAGGCAAUUGUUUACUUGCAAUGCUGUUACCGGCGCAUGAUGGCCAAGAGGGAGCUAAAGAAACUAAAGAUAGAGGCCCGGUCUGUGGAACGCUACAAGAAGCUUCACAUUGGCUUGGAGAACAAGAUCAUGCAGCUGCAACGAAAAAUCGAUGAUCAGAACAAAGAGUACAAAUCUCUGCUGGAGAAGUUGAGUAGCCUGGAGAUCACGUACAAUACAGAGACAGAGAGGCUGCGGAGCGACGUGGAGCGGCUUCGGAUGAGCGAGGAGGAGGCCAAGAACGCGACCAACCGCGUGCUCAGCCUCCAGGAGGAGAUCACCAAGCUCCGCAAGGAGCUGCACCAAACUCAGACCGAGAAGAAGACCAUCGAGGAAUGGGCAGACAAAUACAAACACGAAACUGAGCAGCUUGUAUCAGAACUGAAAGAGCAGAACACAUUACUGAAAACCGAAAAGGAGGAGUUGAACCGUCGCAUCCAUGACCAGGCAAGGGAGAUAACAGAAACGAUGGAGAAGAAGCUAGUGGAGGAAACAAAACAGCUGGAGCUGGAUCUGAAUGAUGAAAGGUUACGGUAUCAGAACCUGCUGAAUGAGUUCAGCCGCUUAGAAGAGCGUUAUGAUGAUCUUAAGGAUGAAAUGAACUUAAUGGUGAACAUCCCCAAGCCUGGACACAAACGAACAGAUUCGACUCACAGUAGCAAUGAAUCUGAAUAUACUUUCAGCUCUGAGAUCACAGAGGCAGAAGACUUACCACUGAGGAUGGAGCAGGAACCAAGUGAGAAAAAGGCACCACUGGAUAUGUCUCUGUUCCUCAAGCUGCAGAAACGGGUUACAGAGCUGGAGCAAGAAAAGCAAUCCCUGCAGGAUGAACUGGACAGAAAGGAAGAACAGGCUCUACGCGCUAAAGCUAAGGAGGAGGAAAGGCCCCCAAUAAGAGGUGCAGAGUUGGAAUAUGAGUCGCUCAAGCGUCAAGAACUGGAAUCUGAGAAUAAAAAACUGAAGAAUGAGUUGAAUGAGCUGCAGAAGGCCCUCACAGAAACGCGGUCUCCAGAGGUAACUGCUCCUGGUGCCCCUGCAUAUCGGGUCCUGCUGGAUCAGCUGACUUCAGUGAGUGAAGAGCUUGAAGUGCGCAAGGAAGAAGUCCUCAUACUCAGGUCUCAGCUGGUUAGCCAGAAAGAAGCUAUUCAACCCAAGGAGGAUAAGAAUACCAUGACAGAUGCCACAAUCCUUUUGGAGGAUGUGCAAAAGAUGAAGGACAAAGGAGAAAUAGCACAGGCGUAUAUUGGAUUGAAGGAAACAAACAGGCUGCUGGAGUCUCAGCUUCAGUCACAGAAGAAGAGCCACGAGAAUGAACUGGAGUCGCUGCGAGGUGAGAUCCAGAGUCUGAAGGAAGAAAACAACCGGCAGCAGCAGCUCCUGGCGCAGAACCUGCAGCUGCCCCCAGAGGCCCGGAUCGAGGCCAGUCUGCAGCAUGAGAUCACCCGGCUCACUAAUGAAAACCUGGAUUUAAUGGAACAACUUGAAAAGCAAGACAAAACUGUUCGCAAGCUGAAGAAACAGUUGAAAGUAUUUGCUAAGAAGAUUGGUGAACUUGAAGUGGGUCAGAUGGAGAACAUAUCACCAGGACAAAUCAUUGACGAACCUAUUCGUCCAGUUAACAUUCCACGGAAGGAGAAGGACUUCCAAGGGAUGCUAGAAUAUAAGAAGGAGGAUGAGCAAAAACUUGUCAAGAAUCUUAUUUUAGAGCUGAAACCACGCGGUGUGGCUGUCAACUUGAUUCCAGGAUUACCAGCAUAUAUUUUGUUCAUGUGUGUACGCCACGCAGAUUACCUCAAUGAUGACCAAAAAGUGAGGUCACUGUUGACAUCCACUAUCAAUGGCAUCAAAAAAGUGUUAAAGAAAAGAGGUGAUGACUUUGAAACCGUGUCAUUCUGGCUAUCUAACACCUGCCGAUUUUUGCACUGUUUAAAGCAAUAUAGUGGAGAAGAGGGAUUCAUGAAGCAUAAUACACCUCGUCAGAAUGAACACUGCCUCACUAAUUUUGACUUGGCUGAAUACAGACAAGUGCUGAGUGACUUGGCUAUUCAGAUCUACCAACAACUUGUCAGAGUGUUGGAAAAUGUUCUGCAACCAAUGAUCGUUUCAGGAAUGCUGGAGCAUGAAACUAUCCAGGGUGUCUCGGGGGUGAAGCCAACCGGGCUGCGGAAGAGAACAUCCAGCAUUGCUGAUGAAGGGACCUACACUUUGGACUCUAUAAUUCGGCAGCUGAACUCUUUCCAUUCGGUGAUGUGCCAGCAUGGAAUGGAUCCAGAGCUAAUCAAGCAGGUUAUCAAGCAGAUGUUCUAUAUCAUUGGGGCUGUGACACUUAAUAAUCUUCUCCUGCGCAAGGACAUGUGCUCGUGGAGCAAAGGAAUGCAGAUAAGAUACAAUGUGAGUCAACUUGAAGAAUGGCUACGUGAUAAAAAUUUGAUGAAUAGUGGGGCUAAAGAAACACUGGAACCUCUCAUUCAGGCUGCACAGUUGUUGCAAGUGAAAAAGAAAACGGAUGAAGAUGCAGAAGCUAUUUGUUCAAUGUGCAAUGCUUUGACUACUGCCCAGAUUGUAAAAGUUCUGAAUUUGUAUACUCCUGUUAAUGAGUUUGAAGAAAGAGUCUUGGUAUCAUUUAUACGUACAAUACAGAUGCGUUUGAGAGACAGGAAGGACUCUCCUCAAUUGCUUAUGGAUGCUAAGCACAUCUUUCCUGUUACUUUUCCAUUUAAUCCAUCCUCUCUGGCAUUAGAAACCAUUCAGAUUCCAGCCAGCUUGGGCCUGGGCUUCAUCUCACGUGUCUAAUCCCAGGGAUUUGCUGUCAGUGAUAGAUGGCACUUCAGUUGCUCAGCAUCUUUAUCCAUUAAAACAUAGUGAGCCAUUAAAAAUAUUUUUUUUCUGAACAAACAGUAUGUAUUUGACUGCAUCUGUAGUAAAAGUAACUGGGAAACUACGUAACAGCACCACAGAUAGAAGGCUAAUAGAAAUAUGAGCAUUUGUGUAAAGUCAUUACAUUUAUGAAGACUUAAACAUUUUUGGAGUGUGGAAAUAGGAUUGGGCAAAAAUUGUGUCCUCAUCUGUCUAGAGACAUUUUUAGAUCUUUAGUAACAUAUUUAAAUAGUGUAAAUUAAACUCCAUGUGUAAUAGUCUUGUAGGCAGGGACCAAUAAAGGACAUCAUUGUCCUGAACUGGAAGACUUAAAAGUAAGGCAUUUUGUAGUAGAAUACACAGUCAUUUGGGAGCCUGUUACAUUUAAUUUGUAAAAACUGGGAUGGAGAAACAAGAACUGGCAAUAUAUAAAAUAAUUUCUUAAACCACUUCCUUAUUUAUGUCAGUUUGACAUAAGUUAUAGUGAUAAGUCUUAUAGCUUACUACAUGGUAUAACAUAGGUGGUCGUUUGUUAGUACUGUGGUUUAUCAAGCAUAUUAAAUCGCUGCUGCAUAUUGUGUUCUUUUUAAUGUAUGACAGUAUCAUGUUAGGCACUAAAAAUGAGAUAUGUCACUUUUUGUUGUCAGCCUUGUUUACAGUUCAACACAGUCUCUUACUUUAACUGGAUCUUUGCAAAUGUUAUCAAGUAUCACCUGUAAAGGAAAAUGGUAACUAAGCACAAGUAGCACACUGGAAGUUACAUGUUUAGGGUUUUAUUUUUUUCUUUUUAAAGUAGUUAUCUGAAAAUACAGUAUGCUGAA